AUGGCGCAAACCUUUGCAGAUGAUCACAAGAUUGAUGAGCUUGUGGCAAAGGUACCAUCAGGUUGGUUCUCCUUCGAAUAUUUCCCACCGAAGACUCCCGAGGGUGUCGAGAACUUGCGAAAGCGAAUCGUGAAAAUGAAAGCCUUGGGCCCCCUGUUUACGGAUUUCACCUGGGGUGCUGGGGGCUCAACUUCUGAACUGACCUUGAAGUUGACGUCAGCUGCCAAGAACGAGUUUGGCACCGUGGCCAACAUGCACUUGACCUGCACCAACCAGAGCUCCGAAAUGACCGGCAACGCUCUGAAGGAGUGCAGGCAACUGGGUGUGCGCAACAUCGUGGCCCUGCGAGGUGAUCCCCCCCGUGGUCAGGAAAAGUGGACAGCUACUGAAGGUGGCUUCAGCAGUGCCCUGGACCUGGUGAAGUUCAUCCGCAAGAACCAUGGAGAUUACUUCUCCAUUUCAGUGGCCGGCUAUCCUGAAGGCCACCCUGACAAUAUCGAGGUGGUUGAAGGGGGAGUUGCCGCUUUGAGUGCAAGUGAGAAGCGUCGCGCCCGUGUGGUGAAAGAUGAGAACAACAAGGAAGUUGUCACCGUUUGCCGCGAUGCCAACUUUCACAAGGAGAUGGUGUACAUGAAAGAAAAGGUCGAUGCGGGAGCUGCCUUUGUGAUUACUCAGAUGUUCCUGGAUGCCCAGGUCUUCUUGGACUUCGUCGAAGAGUGCCGCAAAUAUGACAUCAAGGUUCCCAUCGUUCCUGGCAUCAUGUGUCUCAAUGGUUUGGGUGGCCUGAAACGCAUGACCGAGCUCUGCAAGACCCGUUUGCCGGAGGGUCUCUUGGAGCGGGCUGAGAAGGCCAACACCUCCGAUGAGGCCUUCAAGGAGUUUGGUAUCCGUGAGGGUGUGGACAUGUGCCGCAAGUUGCUGGAGGGUGGAGCACCUGGUUUGCACUUCUACACCUUGAACCUGGAGAAGGUGGUGGUUGGCAUCUUGAAAGGUUUGGGGAAGAUCAACGAUUCCCAAGCCGCGGCCUUCCAGGCUGUUGAGGCUGAUGCCAAGUUUAUGGUCUCUGCCCAGGGUAUCACCACCGGCACCAAGGGGAACCGCCCGGCCCUACCGGGCAACCGGCCCUUGUCCGAGGCUGAUCCACUCAUGCAUCAACUGGUGCAACAGGAAAAGGCACGACAGACCAGGUGCAUUGAACUCAUCGCCUCCGAAAACUUCACCUCUCGCGCCGUCAUGGAGUGCCUGGGUUCUGCUUUGACCAACAAAUACUCUGAGGGACAGCCAGGAAAUCGCUACUACGGUGGAAACGAGGUUAUCGACAAAGUGGAGAAUCUCUGCAAGGAUCGUGCACUGAAGGCUUUCAGCCUCAAUGAGAAGGAAUGGGGUGUGAAUGUUCAGCCGUACAGUGGGAGUCCUGCAAACUUUGCCGUGUACACUGCCCUUCUUCCUCCUCAUUCCAGGGUCAUGGGCCUGGAUUUGCCCAGUGGAGGUCAUUUGACCCAUGGCUACUACACCGCCAGGAAGAAGAUCAGUGCAACUUCCAUCUAUUUCGAGUCCUUGCCCUACAGGGUGCACCCUGAGACUGGCCUCAUCGAUUUCGCGGAGUUGCGCAAAUCUGCCCUGGUCUUCCGCCCAGCCAUGAUCCUUUGUGGAGCCUCCGCCUAUCCUCGGGUCAUCGAUUUUGCCAAGUUCCGAGAAAUCGCGGAUGAAGUUGGUGCCAUUUUGAUGGCAGACAUCGCACACAUCUCCGGCUUGGUGGCCACCGGUGAGCAUCCAUCCCCCUUUGAGCAUUGUGAUGUCGUCACCACCACCACCCACAAGUCCUUGCGCGGCCCCCGUGCUGGCAUGAUCUUCUUCAAGUACAGUGACAAGAUCCCAGAUAUCAAGGAGCGCAUCGACAUGGCGGUCUUCCCGGCCUUGCAGGGCGGUCCUCACAAUCAUCAGAUUGGUGCCCUGGCCACACAGCUCUUGGAGGUGGACAGUCCCAUGUUCAAAGAGUACGCCAAGAACGUGAAAACCAAUGCCUGUGCAUUGGCUGAGACCUUGAUGGGCAAGGGACACAAGUUGGCCAGUGAUGGCACUGACAACCACCUGUUGCUGUGGGAUUUGCGACCACAUGGUCUCACAGGUUCCAAGGUGGAAAAGAUCUGUGAAGCCGCUUCCAUCACUUUGAACCGCAACGCUGUGCACGGUGAUGCUUCUGCGCUGUCGCCUGGUGGUGUGCGCAUUGGUGCACCGGCCAUGACCACCAGAGGCUGCACGGAGCAGGACUUCAGGAAGAUUGGGGACUUCUUGGAUCGAUGCUGUCAGAUUGCCUUGAAGAUCCAAUCUGAGAAGGGCAAGAAGCUGAAGGACUUCGAGGCUGCGAUCCCUGAGAACGCUGAGGUGAUGACCCUGAAGAAGGAAGUCGAAGAGUGGGCGCAUGGCAGCCUCUUUGAUGUGAGUGGCACUGUGGGCAAUCGUUUGGCAGGCGUUGUCAUAGAUGAGAAGGCAAUGCGAUAUGCGAAACAAGAAGCUGGCUUCGCGCGAGUGGAGGUGGAGAGCGCUGUGACGGCAGGCUUUGAGAAACGCAACUUGUCGAGCAAGGGAGCCAUUGGAGGAUCCGCAUCUGCAGGUCUAUUCUCUGUUCGUGGAGCAGUUUCAGUGAUCAGCAGCACCAAUUUCUUCACAGCAUCACCCAUGGGGGUGCGUGAUGGGGUGGACUACAUGUAUGCUGGGGUGGUUCGAUCCGUGAACGUGGAGCUUUUACUGCGUCAGUUGCAGGAAGGAGCGAUCGUUUCCAUGACUCCCCUGGGCUCGAGUCCUGGUGGAGAAGUCUUCUACGUUUCUUCGGAGGAGUUGGCUGCAAAGGUGGCCAGCAGAUUGCAAGCAAUUAAGUUGGUGUACAUAACCAAAGGACAAUGCCUUGUGGACACGCGGCAAUCUCGGAUCAUUGCAGGCAUGCAGGCUCACGACGCUCACAACUUGCUGCAAUACUUGGAGAGUGACAAAGCAGGGCUCUCUUACUCCAAAGAGGAAAGAUCAUCCGAUUGGUUCACCGACUUCGUCCGCAGUCUCAGGCAUCUAGUUGCUUCAGUCUCACCGAAAGGAGUGCGCAGAGGGCAUUUGGUCCAAGCCUUUCCGGGCUCUUUGCUGCAAGAGUUCUACACCACGGAUGGCAGCGGUACAUGUGUGGCGCAGGAUGUUUACCAGGGACUUGGUUGUGCCACACUUGCCGAUUCCGCUUCGAUUGUAGAGUUGCUGGCUGAUGCGCAAGAGCAACGCAUCAAGCUGGAGGAUGUGGAGGCCAGCUGCGGAGCUGGCGAAUUCUUUGUUUGGAGGAGGGAUGAGGUGGUUUUGGGCUGUGGGCAGCUGGUGGCUCACUCGGUGCCUAGUGGAGAGUUGGUUGCAGAGUUGCGGCAGCUUUGCUGUGCUGCUGGUACCUUCGUGCCAAACGCCCCUGCGCUCUUUGCCUACGCAGAGCGCGCAGCUGUUUUGGGUGGUGCACAGCUGCUGGUUGUCCUUGAAUCUGAGGAUCCGGAACGCAACGAUUGGUUCGCCGAACGCGGCUUCGUAAAACCCUCCGCCGAUAGCGAGCUUUUGCCAGCUUCAUUGCAGACUCCCAAAGUCUCUGUGAAACGUCUCGGCGAAGAGUCUGGGGAGGAGGCUGAAGCUGCGAUUGCAGCAUAUGCGGAGGAACAGCGGAUGUGGGGCGGAAUGGUUUAG